AUGAGACGGAUUAGCGUAAGGUUGCCGUCCAACUUCUUCUACAUGAUCUGCUUUGUCGUUCCUUCCCCCUUCUCCACGCACUCCCUUCAUCCCCCUCCUUCCCUCCUCCCUUCUCCUCACCUGCCGUCUCUGCUAUCCCCCUACUCCUCACCCGCCCUCCCCUCUCCAGCGCCUGCUCCCCCCAGAUGCGCUCCCCUGGGCGGCACUGGCGGGGGGUGCGGUGGCAGCCGCCGCGAUGGCAGCUACAGUGAGGAGGAGGAGAAGAUCGAAUCUCCUGCCUCUGUGCUCCGUUCCAGGAGCAGUGCUGAGGGGGCGGGACCGUCUAGGGGCAAGGCUGAGGGAACGGGGCGGUCUAGGGGCAGGACAGAUAGAAGAUCCUCCCCGUGUGUAACUCACAGCCCUCACAGCACGCCCGGGAGGAGCAAGACGGAUGCGAGCGCUUCUCCCUGCUCCCUUCUCCCUUCUCUCUGCAAGCAUGGGACGGAGGGCGGGUGUUGUGCGAGGGCGAAGCGAGAGGGAGGGGACGUGGAGGCGAGUGAAGGGGCGGAGUACGAAGAGGGGUCGCAGGACGACUGGCACCGGGGGUAUCAGUGGCAGCACGUUGGUGAACGAGAAGGAGAUCUCGAACGAGAACAGGAAAGAGAAGGCACGAAAGCCGCGACUGACAGUUACCCAUCUUAUUCGUACAAUGCCCUUUUUGAAUUGGACAGCUCCCGUGUUGGUGGCUUCCCCGGAUCAGAGACGUUCAGCAAAUCCUCGCCAGGGUCAGCCUUCCCUGGAGUAACUCCUGAGGCCUCUCCAGGGUUUACCAUCCCAGGGUCUUCUAUCCGACAGUCGUCCAUCCCAGAGUCCCCUAGUCCUGGGUCCACCCCAGGGUCUUUCAACGCGUCUUACUUGCGUUCUUCUGACAGCUCGCUCUGCUCGCACCUCUCCCCGCUGCCCUCCCCUGCCGUCGGUAAGCCGCUAGCGUCCGCAGGCCUGAGCAGCGCGGAGCUGGGCUCGCAGCAUCCGCUUGACAGGCCCCUGGGAGCAGUGAGUGCGAGCAGAGCAGAGGUGCUGCGGCUAAGAGGGCAGCUGCGGCGGCGGGACGAGAUGAUGUUCUCGAUGCAGACGCGCAUGGGGAUGCUGGAGGAGGAGAGGCGAAGGGCAGAAGGGGAGUCUGUGAAUGCUGUUGCGGCUGCUGCGGUGGCGAGGGAGGAAGCAGGGGAAGCAAGAGUGCAGCUGCGGGAGAGGGAGGAGGUGAUUGUUUCUCUGCAGGCGAGAAUGGGGGCGUUGGAGGGGGAGAGGAGGCGGGCGGAGGGGGAGAUUGUGAGGGCCGGGGCAGCAGUGGCGGCGGCAGAAGCGGUGGCAGAAGCGGCAAGAGCGGCGGAAAGAGCAAGCGCGGCAGCAGCAGCUGCGGAGCUGCAGAAGCGCGAGGAGAUGAUUGUUUCGUUGCAGGCGAGGUUGGUGAUGCUGGAAGGGGAGAGGCGGCGAGCGGAAGAGGAGGGGACUGCAGGGGCUGGUGCGGGUGCUGCUGUUGCGAGGGCCGAGGCAGCAGCAGCAGCAGGUGUGGAGCUGCAGAAGCGAGAGGAGAUGAUUGUGUCGUUGCAGGCGAGAAUAGGAGAGUUGGAGGCGGAGAGGCGGCGCGCGGAAGGGGAGGUUGCAAGGGCUGAGGCAGCAACAGCAGCUGAGCUGCAGAAGCGGGAGGAGGUGAUUGUCUCGUUGCAGGCGAGAUUGGUGAUGCUGGAGGGGGAGAGGCGGCGAGCGGAAGAGCAGGAGACCGCGAGUGCUGCAGCUGCUGCGGCUGCCCGGGGGGAAGCGGGUUCUGCUGAGAUUGAGGCCCUGAAGGGGCGAUUGCAGGAGAGUGAGAGGGAAGUGGAGGAUAGUGGGAAGAGGGCGGAUGAGAGUGAGAGGAGGGCGGAGGAGAGUGAGAGGAGGGCGGGAGAGAGUGUGAGGAGGGUAGUGAUGUGGGAGGAGAGGGCGAAGGAGGCGGUUGCAGCACUGGAAAGCAAGGCCAAGGAACUAGAAUCAGCACAGCAGGCACUGGAUUUAGCACAGCAGGCCCUGUCUGCUGCUCUAGAGGAGCUUGCUGUGGUGCGUGCUGCUGCAGCAGCUGCUGAGGCGAGGUUGGAAUGGGUAGAGGAGAAGGCGGCACAGGAGGGCACGGGGAAAGUUGGCGCAGCAGUCUUUACUCUCGCUGCAAGUGCUGCUGCUGGUGCUGGUGGUGUUGGUGCUGCUGCUGCUGCUGCUGCUGCUGCUGGUGCUGCUGCUACUGCAACUGCGACUGAAGAUUCUGUGCAGCUUACGGAGCGACAGCUGGAGGACAUCCGGGCCUUGCUGGCGGAUUACCGAACCUUGGAAUCCGCCCUGGCGGAGGCUCGGGAGGAGUGCCGGGCCUUGGCGGUAGCUAAGGAGGAGGGCGAGCGGGCGAUGGCACAGGCGCUGGCGGAGCAUGCAGAGCUGGUGGAGGAGGUGGAAAGAAUGGAAGGGGAGAUUAAGAGAUCGAGGGCAGAGGCGAAGGAGAGAAGUGGAGCAGAUGGUGUAGCCACGGUUUCUGGCCUGUGGAACAAGGAAGGGGAGGAGGAGAGGGUGGGUGAGAUGGCGAGAAAGAUGGAGGGGGGAGUGAGGAGUCUGAGGGAUGAGUGCGGGGCGCUGGCAGCGGCUAAGGAGGAAGGGGAGCGGGCGAUGGCCCAGGCACUGGCAGAGCAUGCAGAGAUGGUGGAGGAGGUGGCAAGAAUGGAAGGGGAGAUUAAGAGAUUACGGGAAGAGGCCAGGGAGAGAAACAUGCACCAGGAAGAAGAGCAGGAGAUGGUGGGUAAGAUGGUGCGGAUGGAAGGGGAAUUGAAGAGACUGAGGGAGGAGUAUGGGGCGCUGGCAACCGCUAAGGAGGAGGUGGAGUCGGCGAGGGUGCAGGCACUGACUGAUCAUGCGAAGAUGGUGGAGGAGAUCAGGAGACUGAGGGAAGAGGCGGGGGAGAGGGCAGAGGGCACAUCGAUUGGCCGACCGACUUUGGCGGAGCAUGCAGAGAUGGUGGAGGAGGUGGAGAGAUUGAGGGCAGAAAUGAAGAAGGUUCAGGCUGUAGUCAAGAGGAGAGAAGCUGAAUCGGAUUCCAGAAACGAAUGGGGAAGGGGGAAGAAGGAGGAGCAGAGGGAGGAGGAAUCGGUGGUUGUUGGGAGUGAAUUGGAGGAUACUUUUCGGUCUGGCUUGGCAGUGGCAGGUGUGAGGAGGAUAGAGGGCGAAAGGGGGGAGGAGGGGACGGCUGGAAAACAAGUAGUUUUUUCAGCUGAAGCAGGAGGAGCAGACACAACAGCAGACACAGCAGAAGACACAUCAGCAGACACAGAAGCACUGGCAGUGGAAUUGGCAGAGUCGUUCCAUCGAGUUACUGUCGCUGAUAGUAAGUCCGAUGAGGUUGCCGCUGCUGCUGCUGCUGCUGCUGCUGCUGCUGCUGCUGCUGCUGCUGCUGCUGCUGCUGCUGCUGCUGCUGCUGCUGCUGCUGCUGCUGCUGCUGCUGCUGCUGCUGCUGCUGCUGCUGCUGCUGCUGCUGCUGCUGCUGCUGCGGCUGCGUCUGCUGCUGCUGCUUCGGCUGCUACUACUGCUGGUGCUGAGAUCGAAGCUCAUGUUGGUGGCACUGCUGCUGUUGCUUCUGCUGCUGAACAUGGUACUACAGGUGUCUCUGUUGGCGCUGGCUUUGCUCCAAUUGCUGCCUCCUUUGCUCCAAGUGCUUCUUUGGCUUCACCCAGUGGCACUGCUUCACAUGUAGCUGCUAGUUUCACCUCAGACAGUAACUCUGCAUCUCACACAUCUGCUGCUUCUGCGUCUGCUGCUGCCGCUGCGGGAGUAGAGGGCGCAUCAGAUGUUGCAGCAGCAGCGGUCUUGGCAAAGCUGGUCGCUGCUGCCGAGCAGGCGCUCUUUUUCCAGGGUAAUUUCCCCAGAGAUACCCCUGGAGUCCCCACCAGUGACAUGAUUGAAUCUGGAAUUGGGGGAACAAGGAGCCAUGUAGGGAGACAGGAGGAGCAAGCGAGAGCAGGCAAGGGGAUGACUACAGGGUAUUCAAGCCGUCACUCAUCUGGUGGCACGGAGGGCGAGUUGAGUCCUCUUAAAUGGAUUAGGGAAGAUGACAGUAUCGAGUAUUUGCUGGAGAACACUGACUCAAGCAUGGGAAGGCACAGGGGGCCUGUGCGGCAACAGCAGCAGCGUGCGAAGCAGGUGAGUGUGAGGGAGAGCAGUGGGCGGUUUGUGCUGGUGCCUGACAGCAAUGACCCCAGCAAGAAGCGCUGGAAAUGGGAGAAGACGGACCUGAGAAGCAGUGGAGGCAGGAGCAGGAGCAGCAGGGAGGGUGGUUCUCCUGGUGCUGCUGAUGCUGCUGCUGGGAGCGGUGGGAAUGGUGAAAACGGUGUGAGUGGUGUUGCGACAGCAGCGGGGGGGGCUGGUUCAGCUGCAUCAGGCGCUUCUGGCUCCUCUCUUGCAUCUCCUGCUGGUCUGGCUGGAUCUUGGGGCUCUGUGCAGGAUGACUCGUUAAUAGCAUUCCCCGAUAUAAGGCCAGCUGCUCACAAGCACAUACAGGUGAUACCCAUCGAGCACAUAGCAACAGUGAACGAUCUCACCCCCACCGAAUCACAUCGGCAACUGGUGGAGAGCAUGGUGGCACUGGGUCAUAAGCUCGUGAGAGAGCACGCACCUGAUGCCAAGGAAUACCACUUUGGCUUCCACCGCCCGCCAUUCAACAGUGUCAACCACCUUCACCUACACUGCUUCGCCCUCCCCUUCCACUCCUG